AUGCCAUUGAGAAACCAAGGCAGCGUGACUGAUACAGCUUAUUGUCCACGAGAUUCUAAAGAUGAGAUGUGGGAUUCUAAAGAUGAGAUGUGGGAUUCUAAAGAUGAGAUGUGGGAUUCUAAAGAUGAGAUGUGGGAUUCUAAAGAUGAGAUGUGGGAUUCUAAAGAUGAGAUGUGGGAUUCUAAAGAUGAGAUGUGGGAUUCUAAAGAUGAGAUGUGGGAUUCUAAAGAUGAGAUGUGGGAUUCUAAAGAUGAGAUGUGGGAUUGUAAAGAUGAGAUGUGGGAUUCUAAAGAUGAAAUGUGGGAUUCUAAAGAUGAGAUGUGGGAUUCUAAAGAUGAGAUGUGGGAUUCUAAAGAUGAGAUGUGGGAUUGUAAAGAUGAGAUGUGGGAUUCUAAAGAUGAAACGUGGGAUUCUAAAGAUGAGAUAUUUAAAAUCUAA